CCCUAGCCCUCGCCACUCCCAUUCUCUCAUCUCAUCUCUAACCCAAAAGCCCUUUCUCUUUUACGCCCCAAACAAUAUGGCAGAGAGAGGCGGAGGAGAACGCGGCGCUUUCAGGCGUGGAUUCGGCGGCAGAUCCGACCGUGGCCCAAGAGGCAGACGCCGCGGCCGCAAAGACGAAGAAGAGAAGUGGGUGCCGGUUACAAAGCUCGGCCGUUUAGUCAAAGCCGGAAAAAUUACAUCUCUCGAACAAAUAUACCUCCACUCUCUCCCCAUCAAAGAGUACCAAAUCGUCGACCAGCUGGUUGGCCCCUCGCUGAAAGACGAGGUCAUGAAGAUCACUCCGGUCCAGAAACAGACAAGGGCCGGCCAGCGCACGCGCUUCAAGGCCUUCGUCGUCGUUGGCGAUGGAAAUGGACACGUGGGAUUGGGAGUGAAGUGUAGCAAAGAAGUGGCUACGGCUAUAAGAGGGGCUAUUAUAUUAGCUAAGUUGUCUGUGAUACCGGUGAGGAGAGGCUAUUGGGGUAAUAAGAUCGGGAAACCUCACACGGUACCGUGCAAGGUUACUGGGAAAUGUGGGUCCGUUACUGUUAGGAUGGUCCCGGCUCCUAGAGGUGCGGGGAUUGUGGCUGCUAGGGUGCCCAAGAAGGUGCUUCAGUUUGCUGGUAUUGAAGAUGUUUUUACUUCCUCUAGGGGUUCUACUAAGACUCUUGGUAACUUUGUCAAGGCUACCUUUGAGUGUCUUCUGAAAACAUACGGAUUCUUGACUCCUGAUUUCUGGAAAGAGACUCGUUUCACAAGGUCUCCAUUCCAGGAGUACACUGAUCUGUUGGGAAAGGCAGUGAAGCCCCUUGUACUUGAAGAUGUGGAGAGGGUGGAUGUAUGAUGCAGAGAUGAAAGAGAGAUAUCAUUAAGAGGACACUUUAAUGCUUAGGGUGUAGUAAAUGAGGUUCUUUUUAUGUUGGUAAGAGGACGGUAUCUUCAACUUUUUGCUUGUAUGGGUUUGUCAUGAGAUAUUCAGUACUUGUUCUGAAGUUUUGUUUUUCUUUAUAGGAUUGUGGUUUCAUGAGUUUCUUCAAAGUCUUUUACUUUUAUGUGCUGCUUGUGAAUUCAUGCAUUCAUGCAUUAUGCCAGCUUGCUGGAUUGAAUUUAUGAUUAAAUGGUGGGAUAAUUUCACCUGUGCUAUUUCGAUUUCA